CGCGUUGACAUCCUGACGGUGCGGCACAGCACCGGCGUGCGCCGCGUCAUCGCUUCCUCUGUGCCAGUAACGGCUUUUGGCGGCGUGAACGAAACGGAAAGACGCCCCCGACGCUCAGUUGCCGCCGCGGCACGGCGACCGAGCCGAGCCGAGCCAGCCCGAUCGGGGCGGUGCGUGCCGAGUCCCCAGCCCCACCGAUCCGAUCGGCAAGUCCCAAGCAGGUUCGCUCCCCACAGACAUACCAGAUCCCGACGCCCCCACCACCCCGCCUCCCUCCCUCCCAAAACUCGCGCACCCAGGCACCGCACCGCACCAGACCGGCAGGCCGAAACGGGCGAAUUUUACCCGCCGGCCCGUCCCGUCCCGGAGCGCGCCGCGAGCCUGCCAUGGCGGAGUGCCGCAGCCUCAUCGAGUUCCUGCGCGCCUUCGAGCACCACCGCAGGGCGGCCGACUCCUCCUCCUCGUCCGCCGCCGCCCGAUCCAAGCGCGCGCCGUCCCCGCCCUCCUCCAGGCGCCACCUCACCGCCCUCUGCGACCACUCGCCGAUGGCCGUGGUGGACGCGCUGGUGCUGCUCGCCGUCCUCGCCGCGCUGGGCUUCCUCGUGGCCCCGCACGCCAGGCUCCUCCUCCUCGAGGCGCGCGCGCUGCUGCUCCGCCCGGCGGCCUCCUGCCUCUCGGCCGCGCCGCUCGCGGGGGCCGCCGCGGCCGUCGCCGGGGCCGCGCUCGGCUGGGCGCUGCUGGGCCACCACGCGCGCAAGUGCGGCAAGCCGCGCUGCAGGGGCCUCAAGAAGGCCGUCGAGUUCGACAUCCAGCUCGAGACGGAGGAGUGCGUGCGCGGCCGCCCCACCCCCGCCGCGCGAUCGGCGCUGCUCGCCGCCGCGGGCGCGCGCCCCGUCGAUCUCGGCGACGCGCACCGCGAGCUGGAGGCCGAGCUCCGCAAGAUGGCGCCGCCCAAUGGCCGCACCGUGCUCAUCUUCCGCGCGCCCUGCGGAUGCCCCAAGGGCCGCAUGGAGGUCUGGGGCGCCAAGAAGGUGCGCCGGAUCAAGAAGUAGACAGACACAAGAUGAAGGGUCAGAUAGUUCCUUCUUUACUAGCAGCAAUAAACAGUAGCUGAAAUACAGGUUGCCUCCCUCCUUGGUAAUAAGUAUAGCGAGAGAGAAUAAAGAGAUCAUACAAAUAGUUAUAUCAAAAUAUCAGAUGAUAGACUAUAGAUUAUGUGUUACCAACUUACCAUGCAGAGGAUGUUUGAACAUAAAUAUAUAUCGAUGCUUGUUCA